CAGAGAUUUAUGAAAUUGGCAACUGUGAGUUCUUCAUUGUCAAUGCGUUCGUUUAACUCAAUAUAAAUAACCUUUUAAUAUGCUCACUAUGUCCAGAUAGUGUCACUUUACAGCCUAUAAGAGAUAUAUGCAAUUAUUAGCGUAUUACAUAUUUAGUACAAUAGUUGUAUUAAUAUAUAAACAGCGAUCAAAACGUGAGUGUGUUUGAAGUUAAAUGUGGGUCUCAGUAAAACAAAAUGAGACUGGUGAAAACUGUUGCCUUUGAGUGCGUCCCAAUUCUACUGCUCGCUCGCCUUCUGGAGCUGGCAAGAAGUGGCAGUGAAUUCCCAAUGAGCAUGAUUGACAUUUGAGUGCUGACGAAGGCGGCUCGGACUAGAACAGGGACAACCGGCAUUUACACGGAUUAUUUCCGAAAUCGAUUUGCAAUUACUUGUUAUGAGAAUAUGAAUUAAAACAAUGUUUGAGUCGACAUAUCAGUAGUGCUUUGGUGUCCUUGAUGACAGAUGACAGGACAAAAGGAAAAUAUUGAGGAUAGCCAAACGUUUACCAUUGAAGUUGGAUAUUGCCACAUGCAGAGAUGGAUUUUGGAGAAGUCAACACAGCCACAAAACCUCCAAUAGGGAAGAGGAUGAAGUCCCGAGCCCCCGCUCCGCCCCUGGCCCCCGAGCCCGCCCCCAGGAGAAUCUUCCGUAACGCAGUGCCUGACGGGGGAGGCUCAGCGCAGGGCAGUAUGGGCAGCAUGGUGAUGGACACCAAGGAGAACAUGAUGAGGACCAGCGUAGACCUCCACAUCACUCUGCCUCAAGGCUACCAGACCAGCAGCACAGUGGACGGCAGCAAGGCGCUCAUGGACCUGUUGGUGGAUCUGUGCAGCCGGUACCACCUGAACCCAGCCUAUCACACCCUGGAGCUGCUGUCCAGCGAGGGUCUGUCCCUAGCCUUCAAGCCCAACAGCCUGCUGGGAUCCCUGGACGUUGUUGCCAUAAGCAUCAGGGAGAAAGUGUUGCAGGACAAAGUGGUGCGGAAACCUCCGCCUAAAGUGCCAGAGAAAACGGUGCGUCUGGUGGUGAACUACCACAGGAGCCAGAAGGCGGUGGUGAGGGUGAGUCCCCUGGUGCCCCUGGGGAGCCUGGUCCCAGCCAUCUGUGAGAAGUGUGACUUUGACCCGGCCCAUGUCCUGCUGCUGAAGGACAAUGUCAGCAACCAUGAGCUGGAGCUAGACAAGUGUCUGAGCGAUCUAGGAAUCAGAGAGCUGUACGUACUGGACCAGACUCUUGUUCGUCAACCUAAAAUGUCUUCUGCACCUGCUCUAAAUUACUCAGAAUACUUCCGUUCCAACACCUCAAGUGUCGGUGGUGCUGAGAACAAAGGCCUACUGGGAUUCUUAAAGUUCAACAGAAGGAAAUCAAAGGGCCUGUCCACAGUGUCCAUCGUGCCCUGUGUGGACGCGCGUCCCAGCACCCUGGGCCAGUCCCAGUCCGUCAUGAACAUCUCCAGGAUGUCCCCCAGGAUAGAGAUUAAGAAGAGGCGUGCCCCCCCGGCCCCCACACCCUGCCAGGGCUGCUACACACUGGAGGCCUACCAGGUGGCACCUGACUCAGAGACACUGAGGAAGAGGAAGGCCCCGGCACCCCCUCCUACCCCUACUACCUCUGUUACCCCAGCUCCUAGCACCCCAGCACCUUUCAUCUCUGCCCAGAUGGCCGCCUCUCCCUCCCCAGCCCCCAGCUCUCCGACCCCCAGCCUGCCUGCGGAGGAGGACUCUGGCUCUGAGCUGAGCAAUGGGUCUGUCUACAGCAGCAGCAGUAGCAGUAGUGGGGUCGCCGCCGGCACCUCUGUCGCUGACACCUCAAUGGCCGACUCUGACUCCGCCUCCAGCAGGGCUGAUGUGUCCAAGCCCGGCCCUGAUUCCACCCCCAGCAGCAGUGCUGCCAUGGCUGACUCCUCCCGAGACGCCGCCCCCAGCAAGGUUGUCACCGGCCCCAGGAGCAAGACUAUGAUCAAUGUCGCCUCUUACUCCGCCCCUACCAGCAAGGUUGAAAAGGUUGACUCCACCCCCAGCAGCAACGCUGACAAGGCCAAGCCCACCCCCUACUUGUCCCGCAGUACCACACCAGAGGAGACCAGAGGAGAAUCUGCUCUUGGCCUGAAACUAGACGAGACGGAGAACAACCGACACAGCGCCAUGGGUGCUGAAUGUCCAGUGCCACUCAAACCUCUGCGAACCCCAGUACGGGAGCCCCCCCAGUUAGUUAUCCCCCCACCCUCGCAGUACCCUCCCCCUCCCUCAGACCCAGACUCCCCCGAUGCCUCACCAGAGAGCCAUGGGGAGGAGGUCCCUCAGUCUUGGCUGCACUCUCGGCGUCUCUCUGUGGCAGGACCCCAGACCCCAGACACAGAGGCAGAGGAGACUUUAUCCAUGGGCAGCAGUGGCAGUGGCAGCUUCCAGGACCAGGGCUAUGCAGCCUCCGAGGGCAUGGCUGAGGACUCUGGCCUGGUCAGCUCCCCCUUGGCCUCCGACACCACUCACCCUACCUCCCCUGUCGGGAGCCUCUCCCUGGGCUCUUCUGGCUCCUCUCACCCCAUGAUCCAUCCCCUCACCAAGGACUGUUCUAGUGAUAGUGACGAGGGCUGUGCCACGUGGGGCUCCAGACACAGACACAGCAGUGAUAUCAGCCACAACGACAAAGCAGGCAAAACAAAGGACAUCUAUGACGAGGACCCAGAGCUCACCACUCAUUUCAACCAGACUCUGGCUGAUCUGGAUGCUGAUCUAGCAGAUAUAAGUCACAUAGAUGCUGUUUCAGUGCAAGAGCACCCCUACGUGAUGUCCACUGAGAGCAAUGACAUCCCCGUGUCUGUGGUGGAUAUGGAGGUCCCGGUCACAGCCAUAGAUGAAGUCCUGGAGGAUUACGAGACACAGAGCAUGACGGAUCACCAAGCCACACUAAUGAGUAGCUCUCAAAGAACGGACAAUAAAGACCUGAACCACAGUCAUCAUCAUUCAAGUGUUGGUGGCAUACAGAACAAAAACAACAACGCCUGUACGUCUGACGGCUCCAGCAAAGUCAGCUCUGCUCAACCACAGCCCGCGCAGCGCCUCAAAUCACCAGGGAAGAAGCUUGCCAAUGGCACCACGGGGAAAGACCAUACAGCAGUGGUCUCUAAGACUAAAGUAGAAGUUCAAAGAUGGGAGUCAGCUCCCUCAGCUGAGAGGAAAGCCUCACCUGUCAACAGCUCUCUCGCUGUCCCAGAGAGCCAUUCCAAGUCCCCUGAGGAAGAGGUUCCCACCUAUAGAGGCCACGCUGCCUCACAGUCACAAACAAAAAUCACAUGUAGCCCUGUCUCCCGAUUUGGUAUGAAGACAUUCACUAUCGUCCCUCCCAAGCCCGCAGUUGCAACCCGGCCUCAGAAGCCAGCAGAGGCCCCGGCCACUCUGACAACAGGUGCCAUUAGAAUUGACGAUCAGGGUAACAUGGUCAAAGUAGCCAUCGCCCGAAACAAGUUUGGCGGAUCCUCUGAGUCUGGGAUCAACAAAGAUGACUCUGUCUCACCACUCCUGGGGAAUGCCAAAACAUUCCGGAGCUCCUCGGAGAAGCAGGACACUUCUGCACAUUCGGUCCCCACUAGUAGAGGGCCUGUCCCUUUCACAAAGACCCAGAGCCCAGAGUCUGAGGUCCACAAACCCACCCAUCGGGUCGUAGCCUCUGAGCCACCUGCAGCCAAGGCAACACCUAAGGAAACAUGCAAAGAUGUGGUUGAGGUAACAAAGGACAUCUCACAGGAAGCAGAGGGCAAGGCCUCAGUUCCAGUUUCAGAGACUCCUGUGCAGCAGAAGACUAUGAAACUGAACCCUAGUUUUCUCCAAGAUCAGAAGAGAAAUCUUUCCUUCCUCAAGCCGUCCAGGAGAACAUCCAGUCAGUACGUAGCUUCUGCCAUUGCUAAAUACGCUGUGAAGCCCACCAUGGCCAAAGCUGACAACAUCCAUGAAGUACCAUCGGAGUUGUCUGACCCCAUGAGAAGAACACCUGGCAGUUACGGCUAUCAGAAAGAGGGUCGAUCCUUUCAUGUAAAUCCACAGCGUUCCGCUGGUACAUCUACUAAUGUACCAGUGAAGAAGGAGAGCAGCUCUGGGUCUGGGUCCUAUCACGCCGGUGCUAAAUGUUACCCUGAAUACCUCUCUGCAGAGAAACUGGUAGUCUCUGGUGAGUCGACGCAAGGAGUGGACAGGAGUGGUUAUGGGAGCAGUUCUACCCUGCGAGUUGCUGGACGAAACUCCAAGUCACUGGACUCUGAUACAGUGGCCAAUAACACUAAGCAGCAUGGGCCCAACAGUCCCAGUCCCAGACAGAUGACACCAGCACCACAAUCCCCCACUAAACAGGUACCUGCCAUCUCCAAGCCCUCGCAGGGUCAACCACCUGCAGAGACACUAGGUCCCAAAAGUCAUCCAGUCCUGGCAAAGAAGCCUGAACCACCACGAGCAGCUGCUGCCAGCAACGACCUCCCAGAGCCCCAGCAGGUCAGUCUGUUUGGGCCGGUGAAGAAGUUCAAACCUGUGAUCAUGAAGUCGGUCCAGAUGGACACGUCGCUACACACCACUCUGAUGUCGGCCAUCCAGUGUGGGGAUGGGAAGGAGAGGCUCAGAAAGGUAUCGGACUCAAGUGCAAGCAGCACUUUGAAGAAAUCGUCCUUUGUUGAGGAAGAGAAUGAGCGAUGUGCGCUACUGGCAGCCAUUAGAGGCCAAAGUAACUCUGCAGGGCUAAGGAAGACCAUAUCCCAGGCUGCAGAGGAGCUUGACAAGUUCAGGAAGACUGAGGAGGAUGUGUGUGAUGCCUUCCCUGCCAUGCCUCCCCCUCCUCCAUUUGUGCCUCCGCCACCUCCACCCCCCUCUAUGCUCCCUCCUCCUCCCCCUCCCUCCACUCAGCCCAAGCCCACUGUGGUGGGGGAGCCUCUGGGGGCUGGGCGGAAUCCCGCUCUGGCCCGGGACGCAAUGCUGGAGGCCAUCCGCUCUGGCUCUGCAGCUGAUCGCCUGAAGAAGGUCAAUGCCCCCACAAAAACAGUUCAAGUGAACGGUAGACUUGGUACUAUACAAGCAGCAUCAUCCCUCUCACAAGGACAAUAAAGAAUCUUCCAGAAUGAUUCCAGAACAUCUUGAAAACCAUCUGAUUAGAAUCGUCGUAGGCAGCCAAAUAAUAUGUUGUCUUUCACCUUAAUUUAUCACUGUCCUUAUGUAUAUGUAUCCAGUUAUGUGUACUUGAAUAGUUGCAAUAACUGGAAAGAUUAAUUGCUGUACAAAAGCAUGUGCCAAUUUUUGUUGCUUUUUAUUAGCUGCUCUUGAUGAUAAUAAUGAUAAUAAUAAUAAUAAUAGUAGUAGUAAUCUUAGGAAAUUAUUUUUGCUCUUUUAUUAUUUCUUUUUAUUUUACUUUUUAAUACUAGUCCACAUGGAAUUGAUGCCUCAUGCUGUCUUACUGUCAGUGUUAUAUUUGAUUAUUACAUAUUUGCUGUAAAUUUUCCAUGUAAUAGGAUGCAAUGGAUCAGACUCCUUGAUAUAGUGCAAUGAGUAACACUGGUCACCAGUAACACUGGUCAAGCAUCACUAAAUUUGGCUCCAAGGGACUCUCAUCUCCAGGUGUUGAUUAGGUAUGUAUCCCAAAUGGCAGGCUAUUCCCUAUAUAGUACACUACUUUUGACCAAAAGCUUAUGGGCCCUAGGCAAAAACUAGUGCACUAAAUAGGGAAUAGGGUAGCAUUACUCUAGUUUAUUUUUGCAAAGCUCUGGGUUUUUAGAUCUCAUCUAUGCUGCUAUUCAACCUUUAUAUGUUUUUAUUUUUGAUUUAUAAUGCCUCUUAAUAUAUUUAUUUUAAUAUUCAGAGAAAAUAUUACUAACAUCCUUUCUUGACAUUACAAAAGCAUUUUUGAAACAUUUCUGUUUAUGUGUAACUAUUGGUGAAUAAUAUCACCAUGACUUAGUAAAAUAGUUUACUAAUCAAUAGAUAUAUGAGUAAUGAACAAGAGGUAUGGGCUGUUACUCCAUUUUCAGAAAACAAUUCUGGUUAAUAUUUGCUAUGAUUUUAUGGUUUAUUUAAUCACAAAGUGUUCUAUGUUGUUUGCAUGGGGCUCCAGUGCACAGCUUUUUGUUAUUGUUAUUGGGGCGGUUAGAGCGUUGGAUGAGUAACCGGAAGGUUGCAAGUUCAAACCCCCAAGCUGACAAGGUACAAAUCUGUCGUUCUGCCCCUGAACAGGCAGUUAACCCACUGUUCCUAAGCCAUCAUUGCAAAUAAGAAUUUGUUCUUAACUGACUUGCCUAGUUAAAUAAAGGUAAAAUAAAUUUAAAAAAUUGUAUUCAACAGUAGAUCUGAUGUGCAGUACUGUACAUGAGCUUGUUUCUCUAGACGUUUUAUGGCAUUACUAUAGUAGUUGAAAGAAAGCAAAAGUGAAUAUUAUAAUAUAUCUUGCAAAUGAGUACUAUCUAUAUUGAUCAGAAUGACUGAAUGAUAGACUUAAAGGGCCCCCCAGUGUAAAGCAUGAAAAUAGGGACCACACGAUUCUAGACUGGUCUGUCAAAAGAUGGAUUCAUAGGUUGUCCAGUUCCUUAAAAUUCAGUUUAGAUGUUUACUUAUGUUCUAGACCAGCAGGCUCCAGACCUACGAGGUCUGGAGCCUGCUGGUUUUCUGUGUUACCUGAUAAUGAAUUUCCCCCACCUGGUGUCCCAGUUCUAAAUCAGUCCCUGAUUAGAGUGGAACAAUGAAAAAAAGCAAAGGAACUGGCUUCAAGUUCCAGAGUUGUGUUUGAGGCUAGAAAGUUAUACAUUUUGUUAACUACAGAUAAAUGAUUACAGUAAUAAACUGUUGUUAAAAUUGGAAAUAAAUAGAAUAAUAGAAAUCCAAUCAAAUUUAGUUUUAUAAGCUAUUGCUUUUUUAUGUUAAGUGCAUGUUGUUUUUGGAAGAAUUUCACAUUUUAUUUUAUCCACAAAUUAUACUUUUUUCAAUAAAUGAUUUUUGUAAACAUGUAA